GCUGGGAAACAAUGUAACAAUCCCAAUACUGAUAGUUUUUAGAGAUUCAAUAAUGGAUACUGGUAAUAACAAUAAUCUGCCCACUCUUUUAAAAUGCAACUUCCCACCUUACGGCAAGGACUUCCCCAAUGGCUUUGCUACUAGAAGAUUUUCUGAUGGAAGAGUUCCCUCUGAUCUAAUUGCAGAAAAUUUGGGAUUGGCAAAGACAUUGCCAGCAUAUAUGAAAGAAAAUUUGAAGCCUGAAGAUCUUCUUAAAGGUGUAACAUUUGCAUCAGGAAGAACCAGUUAUCAUCCACUAACGGCUAAAAUUAUGUAUUUCAAAGAAUAUAUAUCAAAGAUCAGACAACAUUUUGGAGAAGGAAGAGCCCAAAUUAUCUUGGACCAUAGCAAUGAUCUUGCUCAUGCUUAUAUGGCUCAAUCUCAUAGAUAUGAUUGCACAUCAUAUGCCAACUUCUUAGCUGACUUAGCCAUCAAAUUCGUACGGGAGUUAUAUAAACUUAGAACUCGUAAAAUUGGCAUAUUUUGUGCAGUACCUGUAGGAUGUGUACCUCUCCAGAGAACAGUGUUUGGAGGUAUGUUAACAAGAGGAUGUGUUAAACCAUUCAACAAUAUGGCAAAACAAUUCAACGCAAGGGUUUCUCCAGCACUUGAAUCUUUAGAUAAAGAGUUGGAUGGUUUUAUACUUUACAUUAAUGUUUAUGGUACUCUUUUCGACGUGAUCCAACAUCCUAAAAAAUACACUGAUAGAGGAUAUUGCGGUAGUGGCUCUCUUGCUAUAUCUUAUAUGUGUAACAUAUUCAAUCCAUUAAGAUGCUCUAAUUCUUUGGCCUAUCUAUUAUGGGCUAGCUAUCAUCCGACUGAAAGAGCUUAUCAAGUUAUUGUUGACAACUUGCUCGACAAAUAUUUAAGCAAAGUUAUUAGAUGU